AUGGGGGCUCCAGCGGCAACAGGAAAGGAGGGGGGGGCCUCGCCCCCUGAUAUAAAAGAGAUACCCCUCUGGCUGUCCCUGCAGCGCUGCAGAGGCAUCGGGUGGAUGCAGGGGCAGCAGUGGGGCUGUCUGGGGCUGAUAGACUCGGGCAGCGACGCAGCAGUUUUCUCUCGCGUUAUGCUUGUCAGUGACACCAACGACACCGCAUCUGCUUCUACUUCUGCAGUUUCUACCUCUUCCUCUUCUUCUCCUUCUGCUGCUGCUGACACCGCAUCUGCUUCUACUUCUGCAGUUUCUACCUCUUCCUCUUCUUCUCCUUCUGCUGCUGCUGCAGCAGCAGCAGCAGCAGCAGCAGCGAGGACAUCAGCAAAAACCUGGGGAAAGAAAGACACUGCAACAGACGCUGCGCUGCGCGUCCUAGAUACCGUCAGCCCUGUAGAGAUGGAGGUGCCGCCGGGCGAGCUGGGGGGAGAAGAGACGAUGAGGGGGGGCAGUGAUAUGUUUGCUGCGCUGCUGGUGCCGCCAACUGAAACAGUAGAAAACGAGAAAACAGCGACUACUUCUGCAGUUUCUACCUCUUCCUCUUCUUCUCCUUCUGCUGCUGCUGCAGCAGCAGCAGCAGCAGCGAGGACAUCGGCAAAAACCUGGGGAAAGAAAGACACUGCAACAGAUGCUGCGCUGCGCGUCCUAGACACCGUCAGCCCUGUAGAGAUGGAGGUGCCGCCGGGCGAGCUGGGGGGAGAAGAGACGAUGAGGGGGAGCAGUGAUAUGUUUGCUGCGCUGCUGGUGCCGCCAACUGAAACAGUAGAAAGCGAUAAAACAGCGAUUGAGGGAGAGUUCGUUGUCUUACACAAAGUACAAGAGGAACCGGCAGAAGCAGAAGAAGGAGAGCUGCAAGUUUGCUGCGGGGAGAUGCUGUGGCACCCACGGCCGCCUCUGCUCAUCGCCUGCCGCAGCCUUUGGACGACACCGCAGCGCAUGCGGCUAUCCAAGGCCACCAUGAACCCAUCUGUUGCUGCUGCUACCGCUGCUGCUACUGCUGCAACAGCAGCAGAAGCAGCAGCAGCAACAGCAACAGGAGGGCCGAACGAGUUUCUUGUGCUGUCGGAUAUAGAAGACGGAGACAGCGCGGGGACGUCUGCUGCGGGCCAAAACCAAGAUCCAUUCAGGGCUGCUGGGGUGCCGCGGGCCGCCCUACAGGCGCUGCGGGGUUCGCUUAGCGAUAGGGAGGCCGUGCUCCGCAUUGCAACAGAAACGGCGUCGGUGUCUAUGCAGUCAAUUCGCAAUAUGCCGGCGACUGUCUCGCGGCUAUCAAACGCAACAGCAGAGGUUUUCUACAGGGCAUCGGCUGACUGGGCUGCUAUGGGCAGCGCUGCUCUGGAGGCAGCUGCGGGCUCUGCCGAAAAAAUGCAAAAAGUUUGGAGGGAGUUCAGGGGGAAGAGGAACGCUGAGAACGAGAACGACACACACGCCUAG